AUGGCUCAGGGGCUCCAGCUCCACGUGGUGUCACUGCAGACGCCCCCGGGACCCCCCGAGAUCCUGCAGGAGCUGCUGCCACUGGCACUGGAGCUGGCCCUGGUCAGGGAGCGGGGCCCUGCCCUCACGUACGAGCCGAUCCCGACGCGCCUUUUCCUCGAGGGCCGCGCCGAUGGCGCCCGCGGCGUGGGGCGCCCCCUGCUGGAGCUGGAACGCGCCCUGCGGGACCCCCAAACCCCCCGGGGGCGCCGGCGGGCGCUGCUGGAGGCCGCGCUGGCGCAGGCGCGGGCGCGGCGCAGGGCGGCCAUGACGGGGGCGGGGCUGGAGCGGCACCUGCAGGCGCUGGCGGCCGUGGCCAAUCAGAUGCAGCUCCGCCCACCCUUCCUGACAGAGCCCCACCAGGACGGGUACGGGGUAUCCUUCACGGGGGGAGGGGACAGCGACCCCGUCCUCGUCCACAUCUCCUGCAGGGAGGGGUCCCCAAAAACGGUCACUGGGGAGACACCGGAACCGCCCGACCGCUACACGCUGUCACGUGACCGGAAGUUACUCGCCAUCAGCCGGAAGUGGGCGGAGCACCCGCCGGAAUUUCUGUCUCCCCUCACGGCCAAGAUGGCGACGCGGCGCGGCUCCUCCAAACGCCGUGCCCCUAAUCGCCUCAGAGCCUCGAAUCGCGACCGGCCCCGGGCCCGCAAUCGCGACAGAGCGGAUGCGGAGCCCCCGGGCCGCGUGUACCUGCCCGGGGCGGGGCCGCCGCUGGGCCCUGACGAGGAGCUAGUGAUGGAUGAGGAGGCCUACGUGAUGUAUCACCGCGCCGGCACCGGGUCGCCGUGCCUGAGCUUUGACGUGGUGCGGGACGGGCUGGGGGAGGGCCGGGAGGAGCCGCCGCUCUCGGUGCUGCUCUGUGCGGGCACGCAGGCCGAGACCCCCGGAGCCAACCGGGUGCUGCUGCUGCAGAUGCAGAACCUGCACGGGCUGAGGAGGGGAAAGGGCAGUGCCAGGGACAGUGACAGUGACAGCGACAGUGACAGUGACAGUGACGAGGAGGGGGAGGACCGGGAGCCGCAGCUCCUGCUCGUCAUGGCCCCCCACUAUGGGGGGAUCAACAGGCUGCGGGUGACGUCCCUCGGGGGGUCCCCGGUGGCCGCCGUGUGGUCGGAGCGGGGCCAGGUGGAGGUGCUGGCUUUGGGGAGGGCCCUGGGGGUCCUGGGGGGGCAAUUUGGGGAGGGGGAUUUGGGAAGGGGGCCCAAAACCGUCCAGCAAGGAGCGCUGCCCGAGCUCGCCACCUUCAGCGGCCACUUGGACGAGGGCUUCGGGCUGGACUGGAGCCCCCAGACCCCAGGCCGGCUGCUCUCCGGGGACGUGCGGGGCCGCAUCCAUCGCUGGGAGCCGCGCGAGGGCGGCUGGGCCGUGGACCAGCGGCCACUGCUGGGCCACGGGGCCAGCGUGGAGGACCUGCAGUGGUCACCCAGCGAGGCCUCGGUGUUCAUCUCCUGCUCCUCUGACGCCUCCAUCCGGGUGUGGGACAUCCGUGCCCCUCCCCCCCGGGCCUGCCAGGUGUCGCUGUCCCGGGCCCACGACGGUGACGUCAACGUCAUCACCUGGAGCCGGCGCGACGCGGCCGCGCUGCUCAGCGGGGGGGACGACGGCGAGCUGCGCCUCUGGGACCUGAGGAACGUGCGGACCAGCUCCUCGUGCGUGGCCACCUUCAAGCAGCACCGCGGGCCCAUCACGUCCGUGCAGUGGCACCCGAGCGAGAGCGGCGUCCUGGCGGCCGCGGGCGAGGACGACCUGGUCACCCAGUGGGACCUGGGGGUGGAGAGGGACCCCGAGGGGGGGGAGGGCUCCGGGGAGGGGGAGGGGCUGUCGGGGCUGCCCCCCCAGCUGCUGUUCCUGCACCAGGGAGAGAGGGAGGUGAAGGAGCUGCACUGGCACCCGCAGUGCCCGGGGCUGCUGCUGUGCACGGGCCGGGAGGGAAUCGCGGCCUUCAGAACCAUCAGUGUGUGAAAACUGCCGGAAUUGGGGUGAAAACACCUGGAAUUGGGGUGAAAACAGUCGGAU